GCUCUCAUCGCUUCCUGGUUUGAGAGAUAUCGAUAUCACUAUCGAUGAUGCAGAGAGAGACAUACCUCAGAUCACGGCUGGUCUUCGUCGGACCGGAGGACAGCAGCUCACACACAUCAAGCUUACAGCACCGUCAUCACUCCCAUUACAGAAGAAGAGUGUAUCGAGAGAGACGAUCAGUGGACUGGGUCUUCUGAUCAGAGAACAAACCAAGAACCUGCAGUGGCUUUGUCUAUCCAGAGUGAAGGGCACGGACGAGGGAGACUUGGUUGAACUCGUCGAGUGUUGCAAACAUGUGAAGACGAUGAAUCAUCUAAUGUUUCUUGGCUGUGGGACAAACCCAGACGGUAGACUAAGACAUCACAUCACUGGUCUUAACAAGUCAGAAAAGUCACUCAGGGUGAUUGCCUUGCAUGAUAAUGGUCAACUCCUCGUAAAGAAAUGCCAGCUAUCUACCGAGAUGACUGCCAGAUUGUGGUCCUGUCUCAGAUCCUUCACCUCAUUGAACCAUCUCACCAUCUCAGACUCCUCUCUCGGUUUCCCUUCAUCUCCUCCUGAGCUUCCAUCCGUCACAGAGCUAUUAAUCGUGAGCGUGACGUCACAAAGCUAUGAAGGUCUGCUCUCAUCGCUUCCUGGCUUGAGAGUGAUCGAUAUCACUAUCGAUGAUGCAGAGAGAGACAUAGCUCAGAUCACGGCUGGUCUUCGUCGGACCGGAGGACAGCAGCUCAUAAACAUCAAGCUUAGAACACUGUACACACUCCCAUCAGAGAAGAAGAGUGUAUCGAGAGAGACGAUCAGAGGAAUGGGUCUUCUGAUCAGAGAACAAACCAAGAACCUGCAGCGGCUUUGGCUGUAUGGAGUCGAGUGCACAGACGAGAAAGACUUGGUUUACCUCCUCGAGUGCUGCAGACAUGUGAAGACGAUGUCAGAGCUGUGGUUACACUGGUGUGGAACUGGAGAGGGCGGCAGACUGGAAUCUCAUCUCAAAGGUCUUCAAGCAUCAUCAAGCGGCAACCUCUCCGUGAUGCUUCGUCAUGACAAUUCCUAUAAGCGUCAUAAGUACCGCAUUACCCACACUGAUUGAGCCACAGUGCAGCUGCAGCUGACAGAGUGCAUUGCCUUGUACCUGACAUCAUCAUUGUUCUCACAUUUGAUGAGUUCCAGUGAUGACUACACACUACCCGGUCAAGUUGACAUGCUGCAUUGUCUCAUACCUGAUAUAUACCUGAUCUACUUCCUGGUAUUCGUUAACCCAUUUCCUACUGGAACCGGGUUAUUUUUGUAUUAAAGCUAUGGGGAAUAUGUUACAUCAGUAGUCAACAUGUUAACUUCCAGGAGAAAUGAAGUUCAAUUUAUUUCAUCUUCAUGUUUAGAUAAUGUAGGCCCCUGCUUACCAGCUUUAUGCAUUGUCAUUGGUAAUUAUGUUAUUGAAUGUAACUCAUGCCUCAUUUCCAUCAUCGAACUUGGAAUAAUUUCACUCCUUAUUACAGUUUUUUUCAAAUUAUCUAAGCAGCAGGUUGUUUUUACAUUUAGAUAUAGAAACACUUAUGUACAAAUGUGUUGUUUGCACUUUUUAUGAAUCAAAUAAUCGACGAUGUAGAUUCAUAAAAAACCCAGCUGUUUGGGAAUUUUUUGGAAACAUACGAAUUAGGGAUUAUUCAUCAUCUUUAACAAAAUGUGUUUUUCCUAUUCCUAUUUGUUAAUGGCCUUGUAUUACGUUUGGCAUUAUUCAUUAUAUUUUCGGAGCAUUUAUAUCAAAAGAAUGCAAUUUAUGUCAGUACUUGACAUCACCAUUUAAAUGUGAGACAUAUACCCAAUGAGUCCCAUGGGAUGCAUGAAGCUAAUUAAUGUUCUUGUUGUAAAAUUGUGCAUAUCUUUAUUAUGAACCAACUUUUGUAUUAUAUGUACUUUAUAUGUAUUAUAUGCAUAUACGUACACACAUUUUAUCAUUCAUUAUUUCGACAACUACACCUUGGAUUGCUACUAGAAUAUCACUGUUUAUUGUAUUGCAAAUAGGUUUGUGUGACGAAAGAAUUCACGAAGUUUACAUAGUUUAUCUUUAAUAGAGGUGGUUUAAAGGAAAUUUGUUAUGAAUACAAAUGUGUAUGUGUUCGAAAAAGGGAAAUCGAAAACAAAAAUAGCAAAGACAUAAAAUACAAUGCAUAUAGUAAUCAUUGGUUUUAUUACAACUCUACGACAGUUAAAUAUGAUAUCUGUUCAAGAAGAUGUAUAUAAACAUUGAGUUAUCAGGUUGUGGCAAGUGAUCUAUCUGGAUCUUGAUUCCUGAAAUUAUGGUAAAAGCAAACAUAAAUGUUAUCACAGAUGUCCAAACAAUUGAAGACUUUUUCAUUAUGAAGGGAUGCGUUGUUCUAGCGCCACCUUGUGACUGCUUUAGUAAUAAACCACAU